UUUUUGUCCUGCUGGGUUGCCAGUUUGGAGCUGCACUGCCGCCUGCUCCCCGCUGACAGGCGGGGGGGUCGCAGAGCGGCGUGGAGGGUCGAGGAGCUGAAGGUCCUCCACGUCGAACACCAUGCUGCCGCUCUUCUAGACGCCAUUUUAACGAACCGAGACUAAACUGCCGUUAAACGGUGUCAGAGACGGCGACUGUUCGUGUUAACACACUCCAGACCUCAGAGGAGCUCAUGUCUGCGUCUUUCCGCCCGUAUAACCGGCUGCUUGGUCACGUGAGGCCUACACUGAAAGGGUGUGCUCCAAAACCUCACCGGACUGAAGCAGGAGGGCGGGGUUCCCCCCCCAGCUCAGCUUCUGUCCUGUUUCAGUCUUACGUACACACAAGUGUAAGCAACAAAAUAUACUUAAAGUACCCAAAGUAAAUGUACUAAUUAUGUAGAAUAUAUGUUAUAUUACUGGACUAUAACAAGUGAUGCAUUCAUGUGUUCAUCACUUUAAUGUUGCAGUUAAAGGUGGAGUUAACUUUAAUUACUCUACUGUGUAGUUUUAGUUGAUUUAUAUUUUGCAUCUCGUCACAAAAGCCAAAUAAUGGUGGAGUAAAAAGUACAACGUCUGUCUCCAAAGUGCAGUGCAGGAGAGGUAUAAAGUAGCAUAAAGUAGAAAUACUCAAGUCAAGUAGAAGCACCUGAAAUGUGUAAGUGCAGUACUUGAGUAAUUUUACUGCACCACUGGAAGCAUUCCUAUGUUUUACUAAACUAAAAUUAAUACCACAAAUUAAUCACACAAUUUAAAAAUACACUGUUCCAAGUUAAAGCCUGUGCUCAAAAUUUCCCUUAAGUACAUAUAAAAAUAACACUUUAACUAAAACUGCAGUUAUUUUGCACGAAUAAGCACUAUGCUUUAAUAAAUAGAUUAGAAAUAUGACUAACUAUAAUGUAAUUAUUAGUCUUCUAAUGUGUUUAUUGAUGCAGCUGUAAACUUUAAGUCCUUCUGUUAAUCAUCCAUAAAAUGAAUGCUGGUAUAUGAAAAGAUAAUAAAUGGCAAUACAAUAUAACACAGUCGUGAUUAUAUAGCAUAUGUCUUUAUAGGACACUAUUCUGAAAAUAUUGUACGUUGAUAGACACCUGUCCUUUGCGUCUGCUCUAUAAUGUGUUAUAAACAAUUUUAUUAUGUUUGUACUGCUUACUGCCCAUAUGCAUCAGCAUUAUUAGCACAAUGUUUGACAAUAAAAGUAAUCAGUAAGCAGCCAAAAUAAGCUCCAUCAGUCUUACACUAUUACACUGCAGGCCAUAUUAUACUGGAAUGUAACUGUUGGUCCAUUGACAUGUAAGCAGCAUUUUAACAUUAUACCCACACAAUAACAAAAACAUGUACUAUAAAGUACAUGUAAAAGUCCUGCAUUCCUCUGAACUGCAGUGGAGUGAAAAAAAAAGUGCGAAAAAAAAAUUAAAUACUCACGUUGACUAAGUACCUUAAUAUUUUACUACUACUGCUACUGCGCUCCAUUUAGUUUCCCGCCCUUGCCGCCACGUAACAAACGGUACGACGACACUUAAAAACGGAGCGCAUCUGCGGUUGGACGACCAAAACUUACACUGUGUUAAAAACAGUCAAGUUGAUCUCUGGUAAAAUAACGUUGAUAUAUUUCUUUUUUUCUUCGAUGUGAAUUUAUUAUACGUUAAUUAAACAUAGAUCCACAUUCCUAAUUCGUCGAGUCACGGAAACGACUAAGAAAGUGGAUUUUUUUCACCCCAAAUGAGCGAAUAGAAACUCCGUGUUAGUUUAAUACGUAGGAGCCGGAAAGUAAGUAACUGUUACUCGAAGGUAGCUAGGUAGGCUAAUGUUUAGCUUUAAUCAGAGGAGGUGCGCACUUUUCCCCAACAGUUCAGAUGGCUGUACGCUGGUUAUGCAGCCUGUUUGGGAAGCCCUUUGAUGGCGGGAAGAGGAUGGACCAUGGCGGUCCGCAGCAGCAGCAGCAACAUCCGAUGGAGCAGCAGCAGCAGCCGUAUCAUCCGCAGCACCCUGCCAUGAUGCGGCUGUACGAGGUCCAGAAGGAGGUGGCGUCUCUGGGGCCUCAAGUCUGCACCUUCAGCGGCCUGCAGAACGACCGCGACUACAAGCGUCUGGAGCGCGAGCUGACACGGCUGCUGCUGGACGUGGACCAGGUGGACACGGAGGGCAAACCCGAGCUGCAGGGGGCACGAAAGAGAGCGGCGCAGGAGGUGGAGGGCCUCCUGCGCUACCUGGAGGAGAACGCCACUCAUCCGUCCCGUCUGGCCAUCGAGCAGCUGAGCAACGAGGCGCGGCAGCUGGUGGACGAGCGCGUGGUGGCGCCCCAGCGUGCCGGCGGGGUGGCCGAAAUAAACGACGAGCUGGUGGAUGCUCUGCAGGAGCUCGUGCUGAGGCUCACCCAAGUCAAGACGGAGGGGAGGGUGCCGCUCCGCAAGGCGCGCUACCGGGCGCUGACGCGCCUCUGCGCCGUACAGGACGUGAUCGAGGGGCGCACGCAGCAGCAGACCCUCUCCCUGCCGCUGUCGGGAGACACCCACGAGGCCGUGCACUGCAUCAACCAGGUGAUGGUGAAGGUGAGCGUGGCGCGCAGUCAGCUGGUGGCCCUGCUGAUGGGUCUGAGUGGGAGGGACAGCUGCGCCCACCUGUCACGAAUCCUGACGGAGAUGCAGGUAGAGCUGGACGCCCUGGAUGUUUCUGGGAACGCAGCAAUCAGAAACUACCGAAAACAGGUGGUGGAGGAGAUAAACGGCCUGCUGAAACACCUGGACCUGGAGGGGGAGGGAGACGACACACGCAGGUACGACUUGGCGCAGAACAACUCCAUCCGUGAAAUCGAGGCGGUGCGAGCUCACGUCUCCCACCUGCGAGAGGGCGUCCUGCGGCACUGCGUGAUGGGGGAUCUGAGCUUCAGGCCCAAAGCCGAGCUGCAGAGCCUCCUCACUCACCUGGACCAGGUGGACACGGCCAAGAACCCGUGCAUCAGGGAGGCCCGCCGCCGCGCCGUGGUUGAGGUCCAAGCCAUCAUCACCUUCCUGGACCUCCGCGAGGCUCUGGCCCGCCGCCAGCCGGGCCCCAGUGAGCACCCGUCACACCGGGCCGUGUGGCUGGUCCUGGGGAGCCUGUCAGACCUCCAGGCUCAGGUGUUAGGCUUCGACGGUAAGCGGGCCGACAAGAGCUACAUGAUGCUGGAGGAGCUGCUGACCAAACAGCUGCUGGCGCUGGACGCCGUGGACCCGCAGGGUGACGAGACCACCAAGAUGGCGCGGAAGCAGGCGGUGAAGUUCGCCCAGAACAUUCUCAACUACCUGGACAUGAAGACGGACGAGUGGGAGUAUUGAUAGAUUAACAGGCCCGGAUCACAGAGCGGAAGCUGUGUUGCUACGCAGGGACACCGGAUGGGACGUCGCUGCAGGAACGAAAGGAGGUGAUAAUGUGUGUAAAUCCAAAAACUGCUACGUUAUCAUUCCACGGGCUGUAAAUAUUGACUCAAAUCCCCAGAAUGCACUGCAGCAGCGCUUUUCUUUUGUCUCGUUGUGGUAGUCGUGGCCGACCCUGCUGAGAAGUCAACAACACAGAACUCCUUUUGUGAAACACACUUUGACAUCUUUUUUUUGUGCUUUCUGAAGAUUUCUUUUGGACUCUCCCGUACGUGUGUGUAUGUGUGUGAGUUGUCGUCUGUCGUCGUCGUAUUUGGCGUGUGGUCGUCGAAGCCCGCUGCCAAAGCACUAAAUAAUGCCUGUUACAGCGGACACGUCCUCCAGGCUGCACUUGAUAUCGAUGAGUUGCCCGAGUGUGAGGGAUUGUUCAGCAGUGGUUUCAGGUGUGAGUGGAGGCAGCCAAAGCUUGUGUUGAAUACAGUGACCCAAUCCGUGAGACUCGGGCUUGGUCCAGAUCAGCUGGUUUCUGCCGUUAGAAUAUCAAAAUAUAUCAAAAAAUGUCAAAUCACAGGAGCGUUUCUCUCUUGUUGUGCUGCAGCUUCUAUUUAAAUUUGGUCUGAUUCUAUUUGGCAAAGCAGAUGGCGUGAACAAAGGUUAAACAGAAAAUUACCGCUGCAGUGAAAUGUGCUUUUACACAAUCGAGGAAGAUUUUUUGGGGCAUUUUAGAAGCGGCAUCAAAGGUGAAACAGCAGAGGCAGAGCUGAACACCGAGCUGGCGCUGAAGCCAGGCAAUCUGUGUUUAAACAGAGAUGUAAUUAGAGAGAGAACAGUGGGAGUUUGCAUUAUUGAUGUAAGGUCACUCUCCACUCCUGCCCGACCCUGUUUACCCCCUCAGCAUUUGGUCCGUGUCUCUGGUAGCGCUCCAAUUCAAACGAACGGCAAACUCCCCCAAACCCUGCACGCCGCAGCUGUCGCGGGUAGCCGGACGAAUGAGAAGAGAGAAAAGGCGAGCCUCGUUCCAGCUGAGAUGCAGUUAGCAGGAAAAGCUGUGUGAUGUUCUCGCAGCCUGUCAGCCAUCAGCAGGAUGUUUAACAGACAGCAGGAUGUUUGAAAACAGAAAAGUACCUUUCCCCCCGCUGCUUGUGUAGCUGUUAGUCUGUAAUAUGCUUCAGAUGUUUGUUGUGACUUCGUGUGAUUGGCUGGGCUAUAAACGGAUCAGGUCUGAAUUCAGAGACGGAGGAGAGGAGGCGAGUUUUUUGCUGUUGCUGCUGCUUUCGGUUUUUUGUUUCUACCCACUGCUUUCUACCGACGGAGAAGUGCGACUGCGAGAGGUCCCCGGGGAGAGGAAGAGGAAGGGAGGCAGAGGCGGCGGUAUCCACCGGAUUGACACAUCAAGGCUGAAGCUCGCAGGGCCGUUGGUCGGGUCCUGUGCGGCGGAGAGGAUUGACGGUGAUCGCAGUCGACGGAGCCUUCUAGAAACUUCUCGAAGCUGCCGGUC